GGAGGCGCCCGCUCGGCGCGGCGCGCGUGUCCCGGGGGCUUCUGGGUACUGGAUUACCCCCGCCCCCCACGCAGGCGCCUUCCUUUCCGUCCCUGACGCCGCCGAGGUCGCACGCGUGAGGCCUCUCCCCGCCGAGAUGCGCUACGUCGCCUCCUACCUGCUGGCCGCCCUCGGGGGCAACGCCUCCCCCAGCGCCAAGGACAUCAAGAAGAUCCUGGACAGCGUGGGCAUCGAGGCGGAUGACGACCGGCUCAACAAGGUCAUCAGUGAGCUGAACGGGAAGAACCUGGAAGACGUCAUCGCCCAGGGGAUCGGCAAGCUGGCCAGUGUUCCUGCUGGUGGGGCCGUUGCCGUCUCUGCCGCCCCGGGAUCUGCCGCUCCGGCUGCUGGCGCCGCCCCUGCCGCGGCUGAGGAAAAGAAAGACGAGAAGAAGGAGGAGUCGGAGGAGUCGGAUGACGACAUGGGGUUCGGCUUGUUCGAUUAGGUUCCUGUUCACCCCCAUCCGCUGGCAAAUAAAACCCUUUUUGUGUA